CUGUCCCUCCAUAUUGAUACUCUUUUGAGAGAGCAUAACUUGUUUUUCCUGCUGCAGAAAACGUUGACCAGAAACCACAAGUUAGUGCACCAGUAAAUGAUUAACACAUAAACGGUAAAUGAAAGAAAAUUGCCAGAGAGCUUUUCUAGUGAGCUAUGGAUGAAAGCAAAGAUGUGCCAAAAGAUUUUAUCAAGCUCAAGUCUGAAAAGCUCUCUGUAGAUGAAGUGUCAGAGCUGGUCAUUUCACCAUGCUGCGGGGCAGUGUCUCUGUUCAUUGGUACUACAAGAAAUAAUUUUGAAGGGAAGAAAGUGAUUCACUUAGAAUAUGAAGCAUAUAUGUCAAUGGCAGAGACUGAAAUAAAGAAAAUCUGCAGAGGUGUUAGACAGAAAUGGCCGUCAGUCAAACAUAUUGCAGUGCACCAUAGACUUGGUGUGGUUCCAAUAACUGAAGCAAGUGUAAUUAUUGCAGUCUCCUCUCCACAUAGAGCAGAAUCCCUUGAAGCUGUAAUGUACUGCAUCAAUACCUUAAAAGCAUCCGUCCCAAUAUGGAAAAAGGAGAUUUAUGAGGACGAAUAUUCUUGGAAAGAGAACAAGGAAUGCUUUUGGGCAAAUUCAGAAAAAUAGCUUAACUCUUAAAAAUAAAGUGUUACUGUUUCUAAUGAG